ACGCUAGGGGAUGUUGAGUGCACGUGGGCGGACACUUCUCAUGGCAGAUGCAGAUGCUGCCACGGAUAUCCGCGAUCUCCCCCGCUUGCAGAACAAACUCAACGACAUCCAGCAGGGUGGGAAUGCGGUUGUUGUUGGCUCGCGCGCGCAUCUGGUUGACGAAGCAGUGGCGUCGCGCUCGGUUUUCCGCACGGUCCUCAUGUUUGGAUUCCACUUUCUCGUCUCCUUCCUCUGCGUCAAGGGCAUCAAGGACACACAGUGCGGCUUCAAGCUGUUUACCCGCAAGACGGCCAAGGCGCUCUUCACCCGCAUGCACAUUGAACGAUGGGCGUUUGACGUGGAGCUGCUGUACAUGGCGCAGCGGCUCGGAUUCCCGGCAGCGGAGGUCGCCGUCAACUGGAAGGAGGUCGACGGGUCGAAAGUGGACCCGUUGCUGGACGCCAUUCAGAUGGCGCGCGACCUCGUGAGGAUUCGGGCACUGUACAUGUUUGGCUUCUGGUCGCUCUGAGACACCCACAGGCAUGACGCAACGACGAACGUGGUGCAGGAACUCUCCCAUCGUUCAUGGCAGCGUGCUGCCCAGGCUUGCUUGCCUGCAAGCAUGGCGUGCAUAUUUCGUGUGCGCGUGUAUUUUCAUCCAUUUCCCCUCACUUGUUUCCUGGUCCCAGUCAGUCGUCCCCCUUCGUCUUCCCCCCCCCCCC